GUGAAUCAUGUUGAAGUUGCUCUUAAGCAGGGCUUUUCUUCUUUACCUGUCCAGGUAGUCUCUGUUUUCAUUUCAGUCUUAAUGAAAACUUUUUUGUCCUUUCCAUCUAGAGUUUCUGUCCAAAGCAGUCGAGAACUGAAAACGAAUGGGGAUUGAAUUGCUUUGCCUGUUCUUUCUAUUUCUGGGAAGGAAUAACCAUGUUCAAGGGAGCUGUACUGUGGGUAACGCAGAGACCUGUGAAGACUGUUUGCUCAUUGGACCACACUGCUCCUGGUGUUCUCAAGAGGACUUUACCCAUCCAUCUGGAAUUGGUGAAAGGUGUGAUACCCCAGAGAAUCUUUUGGCUAAAGGAUGUUUGCUGCAUGCCAUUGAAAAUCCUACUUCCACAAUAGAAAUACUUAGAAAUAAACCGCUGAGUAUAGGAAGUCAGAAAAACAAUUCGGAUAUCAUACAAAUUUCACCCCAAAAAUUAGUUCUAAAAUUGCGACCAGGUAAUGAGAAAACAUUACAAGUCCAUGUUCGACAGACUGAGGAUUAUCCAGUAGAUUUGUAUUACCUCAUGGAUCUCUCGGCUUCUAUGGAAGAUGACCUUAAUACAAUAAAGGAGUUGGGCUCCACGCUAUCCAAAGAGAUGUCUAAAUUAACAAGCAACUUCAAAUUGGGCUUUGGUUCCUUUGUAGAAAAACCAGUUUCUCCUUUUAUAAAGACAACACCUGAAGAACUAGUGAAUCCUUGCAGUAGUGUUCCCCAUUUUUGCUUACCUACCUUUGGAUUUAAACAUAUUCUACCACUGACAAGUGAUGCAGAAAAGUUCAAUGAAAUUGUGAAGAAACAGAAAAUUUCAGCAAAUAUUGACACUCCAGAGGGGGGAUUUGAUGCAAUUAUGCAAGCUGCUGUUUGUAAGGAACAAAUUGGGUGGAGGAAUGAUUCCCUCCAUCUUCUUGUGUUUGUGAGUGAUGCGGAUUCUCAUUUUGGAAUGGACAGUAAAUUGGCCGGAAUCGUUAUUCCCAAUGAUGGAGUUUGCCACUUGGACAGCAAGAAUGAGUACUCCAUGUCAACUGUCCUGGAAUAUCCAACAAUUGGACAACUUAUAGAAAAAUUGGUGCAAAAUAAUGUUUUAUUGAUCUUUGCAGUGACAAAGGAGCAAGUUCAUUUAUAUGAGAAUUAUGCCAAACUUAUUCCUGGAGCUACAGUAGGGCUUCUUCAGAAAGAUUCUGGAAACAUCCUUCAGUUGAUCAUCACAGCUUACAAAGAACUACGAUCAGAAGUGGAAUUGGAGGUCUUGGGAGAUACAGAGGGACUCAGCCUAUCAUUCACUGCUAUCUGUAAUAAUGGCACUAUUUUCCCACACCAAAAAAAAUGCUCUCACAUAAAAGUGGGAGGCACAGCAACAUUCAAUGUAACUGUAAACCUAUCAACUUGUGAGAAAAGAAGCAGGCACAUCACCAUCAAGCCUGUGGGCCUGGCAGAUGCCCUAGAAAUUGAAAUUAGCCCCCAGUGCAGCUGCAAUUGUCAAAAAGACAUGGAAGAGAACAGUUUCAAGUGUAGCAGAGGGAAUGGCACCUUCCAGUGUGGAGUAUGCGUUUGUAAUCCUGGCUACAUGGGCCCUCUCUGUGAAUGUGAUGAGAAUGCCCUGAGCACCGACUCAUGUAAAGAUGCCCUGGGUCAUGCCUCCUGCAGCGGAAGAGGAGACUGCUACUGCGGCCAAUGCAUUUGUCAUCUGUCCACAUAUGGACAGGUUUAUGGGACCUACUGUGAAUGUGACAAUUUUUCCUGUGUGAGACAUAAAGGAUUGAUAUGUGGAGAUAAUGGACUUUGCGACUGUGGAGAAUGUAUAUGCAACAGUGGAUGGACUGGUGAAUAUUGUAAUUGUACCACCAGCACUGAUUCAUGCCUCUCUGAAGAUGGCAUGCUUUGCAGUGGAAGAGGAAACUGUACCUGUGGCAAAUGUGUGUGCACUUACCCUGGGGCCUCAGGUCCUAGGUGUGAACAAUGCCCUACCUGUGGUGAUCCCUGUAAUUCUAAACGGAGCUGCAUCGAAUGUCAUUUAUCUCCUGAUGACCGGUCCAAAGCAGAAUGUGUUGAUAAAUGUAAACUAGUUGAUGCAACCAUCAGUGAUGAAGAUUUCUCAAAGGAAAAUUCUGUCUCCUGCUCUUUGCAAGGGGAAAAUGACUGCCUUAUUACAUUCCUGAUGACCACAAAUAAAGAGGGAAGAACAGUCCUUCAUAGCAUAAACCAGAAGGAUUGUCCCAAGCUUCCCAACAUUCCGAUGAUCAUGUUGGGAGUAUCUCUUGCCAUUCUUCUUAUUGGGGUGGUCCUGCUUUGCAUAUGGAAGCUGCUAGUAUCAUUUCAUGAUCGUAAAGAAGUUGCCAAAUUUGAAGCUGAAAGAUCAAAAGCCAAAUGGCAAACGGGAACCAAUCCACUGUACCGAGGCUCCACAAGUACAUUUAAAAAUGUAACAUAUAAACACCAGGAAAAACAAAAGAGAAACAUUACUGCAGAUUUCCAUUAGCAGUUCAUGCACUGGAAAAGUCUGUUUCACUGAUAGAAAAUGUCAACUGCACGAUUUAAUUUUUAUUUCUUUGUUGCUAUAAAUUGAGGUUUGCUCAAGAUAGUAAUAGGUCAUUUCGAGAUCAGCCUUACUUGGGAGAAGGUUAGCCACUGAUGCCUGCCAGGUUCAAAAUAAUUAAGAAAAGGAGUAUCAACAACAAAGACUUGACUUUGGGGAUCAUGUUAAUGAAUGCAAAACCUAUUGCAUUUAUGCCUGGGGGAAAAAAUUCUCAGGAUGAAAUAUCUGUGGAUAUAAUUUGCAUGUGAAAAAAUAUGAAGAAUUAGAAUUUCAUUUGUUUUAGAAAUAUUCUCUUGUCUUAGCAAAAUCCCAGAACCUUGCAAAUACAUAUUCACUCAACACAGAUGCAUACAUAUUUCUAAAUAGUGUCCUCAUUCUUAGAGGAAGACCAAAUGCACUUGUAAAUGGAGUGUUUGGGUUAUUAUUCCAGUGGCAAUUGAUUGUAUAUUAUUCCAAUUUAGAAGGAAUUAUUCUCAAAAUAUCAAAAACUGUAAGACUGCAGAUGAAGUCAACCAGAAUAAUUUGGAUUUAAAUGGUUAGGAUUUUACAUCAAUCCAGUCCUUUUUUUGGUGAGUACAAGAAGCAACUAGAAACAGCUUCAAGAGGCAGAGAGUUUUACUCCCCAUUAAAUCCUUGAUAGUUUGCAUUCAAAUCCCCUUAUGUCUGUGCUUCACAAACAAGAUUUUUAUUCAUUUUAUCCAUAAAAAGGUGUAGAUACAUAAUUUAGAAAUUAAGAAGUCACUAGAAAGUAAGAUUGAAAUAGAGGUCAACAAAGAAAAAGAGAAACAAAAAGAGAAAGAGAGAAAGAGGGAGAAAUAAAGAGGCCCUAGUUAGCAUACUAAACUAUUAAAAACUACAAAAUCCUUGCCUUCUGUACAACUCAGGUUUUCUCCUCUAUACUCCUAAAUCUUUGGGGGGAGGGAGGUGGAGGAAGAAAAAUUACUUAUCUUAAGAGUGUCAGAUAACUGGCAGAGAGCUCUAAUAAUAUAAAAAAGGGGGCAUGAGUUUUACAGGAUAAAAUCCAAAGUGGUUUUUAAUCAAACAUAGUCCUUCAUAAAUUAUGUUUUCUUUAUCAGUUGACUUAUCGCAUUUGUCUUAAUCUACAAAUUUGAUCUGGUAGAUCAAAAUAAGCUAUUCAAAACUUUUUUUUUAAUUUUUACUUUGCAUCUGGGAAAUAUAUUUGGCUAUUUAGAGAUAUCUAUGGAUUAUUCACAGAUGUGAAGAUCUCUAUAGUUUUCCUAAAACAAUGAUAGAUUAUUUCAGUUGAGUGAAAGGUAGAAUAUAUGAAAAUGUAUAGGAGAAUAAUGAAAUAGCAUUAGAGCCAAAUCCCACUGAAAUGCAGAGAAGGUACUGUAGGCACCUCUUGUGCAAUGUUAAUUACCAGCAGUUUAACCAUAAAGUAAAGCAGUUUACUAGGUUAAUAGUUUGCCAUUAUCUAAUAGAACAGGUUAUUGAGACUUCCUGACCCUGGGUGUGUUAGAAUUUGUCUCAGUUCCCCAGGCAACUAAGGCAAUAAAUUACCAAGGUGAUUAGGGCCUGCACUUCUGUGGCAGCCGUGUGGGAAGAGAGAAUUAGGCAUAUAUAAGAGAGAUGCUUGCAUAGUAGAAUUGACAGGAUUUAGCCAUUGAUUGAAUGUGGGGAGGGAUAUGGUGAGAGAAAAUGAAGAUGACAGUUCUAAUUGUGUAUUAGUAGAGAAAGUUGCUCACCUGGAGAAACAGAAAAAAUAGUCACUGGAAUAUCAACUGCUAACUAGUUAUGGGUUUCUUGUUCCUUUGAUACAUCUUGUUAUGUUACAUAGUGACUUCUUCCUAUGCUACAUUACUAAAUCCAUUACCAAAUUAUUGGAGGUCUUCUGAAAAAGUAACCUAAGAAAAUUGAUGUACUUCAGUAAGCACAUAGUAAGCACUUAAUUAAUGCCUUUUCCCUCAUUCAUUCAAUGUCUAGUUUCCUGACUUAAAGAUUGAUAUAGCAUCUGGGGAAAACCUGGUUCAGUCUGUAUGUGAGUUAUAUUACUGAUUACACAUCAAUAUUUACACGUGAUUUACUGUUUUAAAUAUAUUUUCGCAUUCAUUACUGGGAAGGUACUUUAGAAAACUUUGAGGAGUGUAUGUGUUUAUCUAUGUGUGGAUGUGUGUGAAUGUGCAUGUGUAUUUGUGUGUUUGUAUUACAGAGGAUAGAAUAAAAUCUUUCUACUAUUUCCAAAUAUUGUUUUGUCCCAAGGCUGGUCCUUGAAAAAGCCAAAACAUUAAAAGAAGUACUUCUGUUCACUGAAGAGUUAAGUUACAUGAAAGUAGUUUUUAUUGUUGUAGCAAUUUUGUUGUGUUUUUGUGUUGACCUAAAUAAACAUGGUAAUUUAAACAAUGAA